AUGGAAAUUGUAUAACAGACAAUACAGCUGAUUGUAAAUAUACUGAUUUCUAAAUUUUUUGAACAAGCAAUGUAACCUUAGAAAGGUGUGGAUUCCAGGCUAAAAACUUAUUAAUGGGACCCUAUUGAUUUUAAAUAGUAGCGACCUAGACAUUUCUAAAUAUUCCCCUAAUAAUUUAAUUGGAUUCUAAGUUGGUAUUUGAAAAUUAGACAGAAGGAUUUGAGAUAUAUACAAAUGAGGUGUAAAUAGACAAUUUAAUUUUGA